AUGGCGCCCUUCUCCGGCCUGCGGGCCACCUUGACCCAGAUCUACCCCCCCAAGCCCGUGUUCACCGAAGCCGAUAUUCCUGCCGGCUCACUGCAGGGCCGGGUGUACAUCGUGACAGGCGGAAAUGCGGGGAUUGGUCUGGAGCUGGUCAAGAUCCUCUAUGCCGGUGGCGGUACAAUUUACAUCGCGUCUCGGUCCAAGGACAAAGUCGAGGCCGCCAUCAAAGACAUCACAAGCCAGUCUUCCAACGCCGCCUCGACCACCCGCGGCAAACUGAAGUUCCUGCAUCUGGAUCUCAACGAUCUGAAGACGGUUCAAGCCGCGGCCGCCAGCUUCGCGGAGCAGGAGUCCCAGCUGCAUGUGCUGUGGAACAACGCCGGCACGGGCGCCAACGCCGUCCCGGUGGGCCAACGCACCGCGCAGGACUUUGAGCUCUUCAUCGGCCGUCACUGCAUCGCGACCCUGCUCUUCACUCAGUUGCUUCUCCCGCAACUCCGCGCCGCCGCGGCCGCCGCCUCCCCCGGGGAUGGUGGUCCAACGCGCGUGAUCUGGACGUCGAGUGGGCUGGCGGAGGCGGGCUCGCCCCCCAACGGCAUCGAUUGGAAGGUCAUCGACCAGGGGACCAACAAGUCGGCGCAGAACUACGGCGCGUCGAAGGCAGGGACUUGGUUUCUCAGCCGGGAGUUCGCGCGGCGGUACAAGAAGGAUGGGAUUGUCAGUGUGUGCUUGAACCCGGGCUAUUUGAAGACGGCGUCGUUCAACGGGACCCCGGCCCUCGUCAUGUUUAUCUUAAACCGGGUCAUGCUCUCGGAGCCCAUCUACGGGGCGUAUACGGAGCUGUUUGCCGGGUUGUCGCCCGAGGUCACGCUCGAGACCAGCGGGGCGUAUAUCAUCCCCUGGGGACGCAUUCGGCCGAACACGGCCACGGGGCGGCAGGAUCUGAUCAAGGCGGGCGACUCCAAGGAGGAAGGAGGAUUGGGGUAUGGGGAGAAGCUGUGGGAUUGGUGUGAAAAGCAGUGGGCGCCAUAUGUUUGA